AUCUUGGCUGACUGAGCGAUGCGGUCUGUCAUAACAAUUAGCGAGGAUUGGGGAAUAUUCGCGACUAUAAAAGCGAACGGCGGAUGCCAGUUUAAGCACAGAACCGCAAGGAACUCAGCCAGCAGUGGACACACCAAGCCAGCAAACCAAUACAAAUUUUAUUUAAACUCCACAAACCCACAAAAACCAGGAUAAACAUGAAGUUCGCCAUCUCCUUUGCCAUGAUCUCUCUGAUCUUCAGCCUGAGCCUGCUCGAGGCCGCGCCCAUCAAUGAUCCAGGAUUUGUUUCGGCCACGGAUUUAACGGGAGAGCCAGUGCGUCAAAAGCGUGCCAGUGUGGAUUACUACCAGGGCGACUACUUCAUCUGCUACCCAAAGAGCGAGGUGUACGGAAAAUCCAGGAAUGGGCUUAACAGCAGUGGCUCCAACCGUCGAUCCUACGACUCGGAGGCGUACGGCCCGCACUAUCUGGCCGAUGACUCCUUCGAGGCUCGCAAGGAUCGCGCCGAUGCAAGACGCGCCGCCUACACUGACAGCUUUGGAAAAUAAGUGUCCUACCAGAUAUAUUAAUAUAUAGAAAUCUACACAGUUAGGGAAACGCACAGGGGUAGCCUAAAAAGUUAUACAAAAUAUAUUCUAAUUAUU